CACCAACCGAGAUGAAAGGACCAUACCUAAUAGCGAUAGCGCUGACGUGCUUAGCGGCCGUGGCUUCGGCCCAGAACAACUACGUCGAAGAGUAUGACUUCGACAACGCAGCUCCACCACCUAGGCAGAGCAGGCCUCAAAGCUUCAGACCAGCACCAGCACCUUCAGCGCCCAGGGCUCCACCUGUCGCUAUCCUCAAGCAGAUAGACAGGCACAACGACGAUGGAUCAUACACCUAUGGGUACGAGGGAGCUGAUGGUAGCUUCAAGAUCGAGACUAAGCACGUCUCAGGAGAAGUUAUGGGCAAAUAUGGUUAUGUUGAUGAUACCGGAAAAGUCCGCGUCGUUGAAUACGGAGCCAACAGGUACGGCUUCAUGCCAGCUGGAGAAGGCAUCACCGUAGCCCCGCCAACUCUCGUCGAUGACACGACCAAGAAGGGCGACAGGAACAACCAAGAUUUCUACGACGACGGUUCCUACUACGCAGAACAGCCCCAGGCACCACCACCACCCCAAAGGGCCGCCCCCAGGCUGCCUCCAAGGCCUAGGCCAUUCCCAAUGCCAAACCCAGAACCCCAACCUCAACCCAUACCUCAGUACGACGAGUACGUGCCACCUCCUCAAGCACCAAGGAGAUCAUCUGCCUCAGGAUCUCCCGUUCCUCCUAGACCAGUAGUCGCAGGUGCAGCACCUGUCUUCAACCCUGCCCCGGUCUAUGAAGAAGUUUCAGCACACAGAUCUCAUCCAAGGCAUCAUCAGCCCAGGUAUGAAUCCCACCACUCAUCACCACACAGAGCAGCUCCACAUCACAGGGCCUCCCCACCACCACAGAGGUUCUCCUCCCCACCGCCCCAGAGGUCCGCACCAUCUCCAUCACCACAACCACUACCACAACCACUACCACAGGCACAGCCACUACCACAGGCACAGCCACAGCCCUCACAGAGGGCUCAGCACGCCAGGUCCUCCGGUGGAAUCUUGGACCAGCUUGAACUGGACUACGCCCUACCCCAGGGAGGAGGUCGUCUCACUCACGACAUCUCCUUCAGCUCAUACUAAGUCCAGCGUUCCGAAAUAAUUUUUGUAAUUUUGUAUAAUAUAUUAAUUAGUAAUGUUAAUUUGUUUUAAACUUGCUUUCCGGAGAAAGCAGAACUGUAAAUGUAAAAAUUUUUUUUACAAUUAAAUUAUAUUUAAUGGAUAUAUUUUCAUUACGAUUGUAUGAAAAUAUGAAACAAAUAUUUGAAAAAAAACUUUUUUUUUUGUUCCUUUGGCUAUAAUCAAC